AUGGAAGAUAAACCUGAGCAAAUCCAAGCACAAGUAACAAGUGAAAAGAAGAAGGACCCAAAGAGAGUAGCUGCGGGAAAACGAUUAGCCGCAAUCAGCAGAAUAGCAAAGGAGAGGAAAAAGAAACUUGCUGAACCAAAGGAGUCACAAAGUAGCGACAGUAUAAUUACAUACGUGGGUGUUGUAAUCGCACUUAUAUCUCUAGUGUUAGCAUUUAAGUCACACCAGAGGGAAACCGGGGAACCGGAACACAAGCACAUACCUGAGACUGUAGAAGUAACUAGGAAAGCUGAUGCGUCCAAGUUAGAUUCACUUGAAUGA